CCCAAGAAUGUUAAAAGAUCACCUUUAUGGAUCGUGAGGCUCCUUCUUUGCUCGACCUUAGUUUGCGUACUCUUGCGAAGAAUGCUGAUGUGAUCGUAUCACUUGACCAUGUUCCUGAUAUGCUGAGGCAUAAGCUUACUCGGUUGUUGUGUGAUUCUAGGAAAAUGGAUGCUCAUUUUUUGCAACUUCUUGCCAGUGGAUUGCCAGAAGAGAUUCGAAUCAACGACUGUUCGCAAGUGACUGAAGACGAAUUCACCAAGAUAUUUGGCUGCUGUGAUACCAACAACUUGACUGUGUUGCAGCUUGACUUGUGUGGAUCUUGCAUGCCGGAUUAUGUAUUACGAGAUACGUUAGCCUGCUCAUCGAAAAGCCUCCCCGCGUUAGCUACCUUGUCUCUGAAUGGUGCACAUCGCAUGACGGACGAAGGGCUAAAUAUGCUUGCAUUGUCUGCCCCUGCUCUGCAGUCAAUAAAUCUGAGCCAUUGCUCACUUCUCACAUCUGCUGGUAUCAACAAUCUAGCUAACUGCUUCGAAUCCACCUUAAGAGAGCUUUAUUUAGAUGAAUGUCAUAAUAUAGAAGCCAUGGUUGUAUUGCCUGCACUGAAGAAGCUUAAAUGUCUGGAAGUUCUGUCAAUGGCUGGAAUUCCGACUGUUUGUGAUGAUUUCGUCAUCCAAAUGGUUGAAGCAUGUGGCAAAAAUAUGAAAGAGCUUGUUUUCACCAAUUGUUUGGAAUUGACUGAUGUAUCUAUCAAAUCUGUGGGGAAGAAUUGUUCCAAGUUAUGCACAAUUGACCUUUCUUACUUGUCGAAGUUGACAGAUAAAUCACUGAGAUAUCUUGCCAAUGGCUGUCGAUCAAUUAACAGGCUUAAACUGAUCCGCAACCGUUUCAGCGACGAAGCUAUUGCUGCCUUCUUGGAAGCUUCAGGAAGUGACCUAACUGAACUUUCCCUGAACAACAUUGCCUUGGUGGGACUGAACACUGCUUUAGCGCUUUCCAAAUGCUCGAGAAAAUUAUUCAGUUUGGACCUAUCAUGGUGCCGUCACUUGAACGAUGAAGCACUAGGGCUGAUUGUAGAUAGUUGCUUGUCACUGAAGCAGCUAAAACUCUUCGGUUGUACACAGCUCACGGAUGUGUUCCUAAAAGGGCAUUCGAAUCCCCAGGUUCAGAUCAUAGGACAGGAGCUGAGAACAGUAUCAAAAUUUCUCAAUGUGCUCAAACCCCAAGAACCUCCACUGCGGUAUUCGCCUAUCGGUCGUCUACACUGAUUAACAAGGUUACUCGGUUCGCUAGGCUCAACCUCAAUUCAUUGACAUAUACAAAAAGCAAAACUGAUUCAUUUAAGGCCUUCAAGAAGCAUAACUGCAAACAAUUACUAAACACCAGAUUGAGCUAAUCUCUUUAGUACUACGCUCCACACUUCUUUUGGUGUACUAUUACAUUCACAAUCAUUCAAAACAUGUAUAAUGGUCAAUGGAAUAUUUUGGUUAGUUUA